AUGUCUGAGACGAAGGCUCUCGCCGCGAGCGAGAUGUACUUCCUCUCGCCCUUCCUGCCCCCAGGGGCUCGCAACCCAGCGACGGGUGCGGAGGCGCCUCGUCCUGUCGUCGACUCGGCGAAGGACGAGAAGCUGCCCUUCGUGACCCUGACCUAUGCGCAGUCCCUGGACGGCAUGAUCGCCUUUGCGCCUGGCCAGCGCACCACCAUUUCGGGCCCGGAGACGAAGAGCAUGACGCACUUCCUCCGUUACCAACACGACGCGAUUCUGGUCGGCGUCGGCACGGCUGUGGCGGACGACCCAGCCCUCAACUGUCGCUACCCAGGCGCAACCAUCAACGACCAGCCGCGCCCCGUCGUUGUCGACCCCAACCUGCGCUUCCAGCUGGCUCGCAGCCAAAUGGCGAAGCUCAGACACGAGGACAAGGGCAAAGGCCCUUGGCUCAUCACUCGGCCAAAGAGCCUCGACUCGCCGCUGGACAGCAAUUGCCAAAUCAUCCGCUGGACCGACCCCAUGCCCAAGUACACCGACAAUGCCGUCAGCAACGACCCCAUCUUCUGGCGUUCCAUCCUCGAGGCUCUGAAGCACAAAGGCAUCAACAGCGUGAUGAUUGAGGGCGGCGCUUCAGUCAUCAAGGAUCUGCUCCGACUCCCAGAACUCGUCGACUCAAUCAUCAUCACCAUGGCACCGACCUUUAUUGGCCAAGGCGGAGUUUCGAUUGCACCACGUCGACCCCCAAAGGCAGAACAGAACGUAGCGUCACUCAACCCCGUGGCUUAUCACAAGUUCGGCAAAGACAUGGUCAUUGCUGGCCGCCCAUACUUCCCUCUACCACCCAGUAUGCCUCUCACUUUGAAUCCAAAGAAGACGCUCGACGAAACGCAAGAGAAAUAA